GUGCGUUCGCGUCCAUGUGCGGUAUCGUAGUCGAGGCGAAACCACUCUCGACCGCUCAUCGCGUGAACGGCGUGAAUAGCUAUGCAGGGCGUCACGGUGACAUCGUCCCCAGCCAAGUCGUACACCAUCAAGGACAGGAUUGCACAGAUCUACUACAAGCAUGGGCUGUACUGUUCGAGCCAUCCCCUCACCCUCAUCUCAUUUGCCAUCUUUACCUUUCUCAUCGCUUGCUACCCGCUGUUGCACAUCCCAUUGCUGGGCAGCUCCUCCCAGCAGUUCUCCACACCCAUCGCCCUGUACAGCGCCGAGUUGGACGAAGACUCCCAGACAAUUGGGCCCCGUUGGUUUCAGGGACCCCCGGUGGCUUACGUGCAGCAGGUAGUGGUGAAGGCAGCCGUGUCGCCGUGGCAACAAAGUCUGAUGCUCAUGGACGCCUUCCGCUCUCCGUUGGCAGAGUCCUUUCAUUUGACGGAACUCAUCAACAACCACCAGUUUGUGGACAGCAAUUCAACGGUCCACACCCUUCAAGACAUGUGCAUGCAAGUCUCUGAGCCCAAAGACAAGGUUGCUGCGACAUCUCUGCCUCAGUUCGGCUGCUUGACUUUGUCGCCAACCUAUGUUUGGAAGCAGGACUACAACAGUUUUCGUCACGACAGCCAGAUCCUCAUGAGCAUCUUCGACUUGAAAGACGAGACAUCCGAUUCAUACUAUUUAAGAGAAAUCCUCUUUGGAGUGCCCUGGAAAGAGACUGGGAUCAAGAAACUGUGCGUGCGCAACCGACAGAGAGUCAUCACGUUUGCGGUCACCAUGGUCCUUAAAAAAUGGGAUCCCGACAUCAUUCACUCCCUGGAAGACAAGCUUCGCCAGGCGUACCCGAGCCACUCCCACAACUCCUCCACGCAGCAGCGGGACCAGCAGGAGAUUGUGCACGUGCACUUCCAGUACCAGCACACGCUAGCCGAGUUUGUGCCCCUCGGAACGAUAUACUUCGUCCUCUUCUUCUACAUCUACUUCUCCGUCCGGAAAAUCGAGUUGGUCAAGUCCAAGUGGGCCAUAUCAGUCAGCGCGGUGCUUACAGUCGUUAUGUCGCUCUUCAUGUCCGUCGGGCUGUGCCUCUGGUUUGGCCUGAAUCCUACUCUCAACGGGAGCCCACUGGUGUCGCCCCGCUCCUCCUGCCUCCCCAGUGAGAUCCUGCCCUACCUGGUGGUGGUGGUUGGUCUCGAGAACAUGCUGGUCCUCACCAAGUCGGUGGUCUCCACUCCGGUCCACGUGGGUGCAAAGGUGCGCCUGGCGCAAGGCCUAAGCAAGGAGGGCUGGUCUAUCACCAAGAACCUGCUGACAGAACUCUUACUGCUCACCUUUGCUUUCCUGACGUUUGUGCCAGCCAUACAGGAGUUCUGCAUGUUUGCUGUUGUUGGCCUGCUCUCGGACUUCUUCCUGCAAAUGGUGUUCUUUGCCACCGUACUAUCCAUCGACAUCCAGCGCAAGGAGAAGUUUGACCUCAAGAAGGGAAGGUCAGAGGCAUCCAAUACCUGGACUGGCGAAGACAAGAAUCUUGUGAACACCGACACUAGGAACUCAGUCGGCGUGCUUUACAGGUCACGGAGGUCGGAUGGCGUUCCCGUGGUGACCUACGGCUCCAACCGGGCCAUGUCAAGAAUAUUUGCGACGCCCACUUCGCCCAUCCUUAAACUGCCCAAGCGCCUGCGCCUGGUCUACUUCUGGGCACGCAUGCGUCUCAUCCAGAGGGGGCUCAUGCUGGGCCUUGUCGUUUGGAUAGUGGUGCUGAUUCACAGCAUGGGCAUCGUUGGAAAGUUCACCGACAGCACGGGCAACUUUGGACCCAACCUGGCUGAAUCGGUCCACCCGUUCGUCCAGAUGCUGACGGGGCAGAAUGCCUCCGAGGAAGGCGUGGAAGAUUCCAUCUCCAAGGACCAGCCACAAGCACACCACGUAGACGCCAACUUGCACCACACAAACACCCGCCUCUGGGAAGAACUUCCUACAAAACACUGGACAACACUGUUCGGCUACUACAAUGUCUCGGUGGCCGGAAGGUACAUCAGCAUUCUACCGCCCGUGUUCCUUUCCAUCCCCGUGCCUGCCAGCAAAGCCGUUGAGAUGCGUCAUCCCGACGACCCCCGCACCAUGUUCCAUGCCAACUGGCGUCUCAUACCAAACAUUGACGGGGAGCAAGAGAGCUCGCCAGGGGGCGGCCUGGUCCACCCGGCCAGCAGAGCCGAGGCGACGCUGGUGCUGGCGCUGUCCAUCCCGACGGUGCUGUUCAUCGUCUACCUAUUCGUCACCCUGUACCGGUGCAUGUGCUCCCGCAACUACGCUGAAUGGCGUACCUCCUGGUCCACGCUGUACCCGUCGGGGUGCCAGGACCCCGACACCUUCCUCGUCAUGGAUACCUACCCCAUCGAGCUCCGAGGGCACUCUCAGGAAGUUGAAUGCAUCAUAACAGAAGACAACACCAUCGUGAGCUCCGAUCUCAAUGGUGACAUCAAGAUCUGGGAUGCAAACACUGGAGAAUGCAUUAGCACCCUCAGUAGAAGAAGGCACUGUUUGAAAGAACCGAAACAGGAGAGCUACAGCCUGCGCGCAAGUGGCAGCUUUUCCUCGGACUCCACCUACGGUUCUUCCCCGACCGAGUCGUGUGACUACGGCUUCGGCAGCAUGCACUUCAGGGACCACUCUGCGGACUUCUCCAUCAACCCAGGCAGCCCCGCCACCCUGUCACCCGCGCUGACACCCGAGGACUGCCACCACGGCAAGGGAUACGACUUUUCGAGGUUUCUCCAGCCCGGCCUGCUGUCGGUGUCGCGGGAAUCCGAGGACCGAGACUCAAGUGUGCACCAAGUUCAGCACGAGCUCGGUAACGAAGAGGUUGGUGCGGCGGGGGAUGCCAAGGCCACACGUCUCGAGUUCCAGCCCGUCUGGUGCAUGGGCUGCUACGGCCACUGGCUGGUGGUCGGUUGCCAGAACGGGCGACUGGAGCUGUGGCAUAUGCUGACUGGUCGGCUUUGUGGCGUGUACACAGACAACACGGCGGAAGGUGUGACGACGCUCACAGUUUCGGGGCAUCGGAUCAUCACGUCUCGAAUAAAUGGAGUCCUCGAGUGCUGGCACCUGGAAAUGCAUUGCGACCGCAGGCACUCCGACAGAGGAGCGGCGAUGGAAAACGGAGACGUCCAAGCCAAGCUCGUCUGGGUGAACAGCGUGCGGGCACAUACGCAGCCAAUCUCCGCAGUGUGCGUCGAGGGGGGCCAGAUAGUCACGGGCAGUCUGGAUCGGCUACUCAAGGUCUUCCGCUGCGACACAGCAAUGUGCGUGUACACUCUUCAUGGGCACAGCGGUGGCAUUUCUGCUAUUCAUGUUGAGCCUGGGGCGUCGGCGGCCGUGAGCGGUUGCCAGGAUGGAGUGGUGUGCGUCUGGGACCUGAUGACGGGCACGUGUGCCUACAGCCUGACGGCGCACAGAGGGGCCGUGCUGGCCCUGCGCACCACGGGCCUCUACAUGCUCUCCCUCGGCUCGGACUCGAGGCUGCGCAUCUGGGAGAAGAGCCAGGGGCACCUCCUGCACACGCUCUACCAGGCAAACACAUUGUGCAACAACAUGGCCCUUCUGUCAGACAACAUUGUUGUCACGGCUAAGGAGGACCACUUGAUCUUGUGGGACGUGAAUCAAGGCGAAGCCGUCCAAAUGGUCCUUUUAGGUCCCGGAGACUCCGGCAUUGCCGUGCACCAAGUACACUGCACCGCAGAUGCGGUAGUGUGUGACUAUGGCCACAGUCUGUGUGUGGUGUACUUCCCAGCAUUGAGCACCAAGUUUGACUAGCCCCACCUUCCCACCAAAGAUCUUCCGAGUCGGCCAGAGCAGCUUGUAUCUGCGCAAGAGUGGAACAGACACCUCUGUCACGCUGUGCAUUGCACCUUGUAAGGCCGUGGAUUCAAUCACUUUGUGGCCCGGUCCGGAACUUAUUACUGCAUUAGUGGUUGGAGGCCACGGUGCAGUGGGGUCAGGACCCCUCGUGACCGACGGGUUGACGUCGCAGAAAGCAUGACAAGAAUGCGACACCGAAUGGACCCCACUUCGUCUUGCGAGCAAAGGGAGUUUUGCAUUUCCCAGCGAAAGAUCUCCGUAACAAGAGCGUCCGUUGAGUACAGAGCCCAGUCAUGUGAAGAGACAUUUCAGGUCUUUCGACUGCUAUCACGUCGAUCGACAAAUACACUUUGUGUUAAGAAAAAAAAUGUGGUUUUUAAGUUCCAAUUUGUUUCCGUUUUAAAGUUGCCCUCUUCCUAGUGUGUUAGAUUUGGACGUUUUUAGCGAGACGUUGUAUAAAUUAAUGGCCUUGUUGUUUUGCCUUCUGUCGGUCCUGUGAUGAAUCGGUGUGAUGUGUUUUCUUGGAAAAAGACUGAGAUCUCGGUCACACGUGACAAUGUGCAGCUUUAAUGGGGUUGGUAACUUUGGGCAUGAAUGUAUGGAGGCUAGGUGAAAAGUGUGUGGACAAGGUCCCUUGUCUACUGCAGUAGUCCUUAGUUGCGAACCAUUUGAGUGAAUGCUGGCUCACCUGCAUGCUUUUUCUAUGUACAGCCCUGUGUGCAAGUUUGACUCAUAUUGUUUCUCCAUUUGAUGGAUGUAAACUGAAUUUUAAUCUUUUCAAACGAUAGUGUGGCCCACUCAUAAUGGCUCCGUCAUAACAGGCUAUCAUAAUCGCGACAUAUGAAAAAAUCUGUUACGGUUUUGUAAUGGACUUUCCAAAUGUGAAUGGCAAACCCUAACCUAAUACUAAAUUACCGAGACACCUGGGCUGCAGUGCAGGAAUUUACAACGAAUGCAGUUUGCACACCAGGAAUUUAUCAUGAGUGGUUUGUGUUGCAGAAUCGCUGCAGUUGAAUUUGUAAUGUCUGGUUUCACAAGUCCUCCAGUUUUAGUUCUGAAGACAAAUGAACAUUUAACUUGGCUGAAAUGAGCCGUAACAUGUUGUCCUCACUUUGGGCACCGUGAUACUGAUAACAGUAACCACUAAGAUGUAUCAUAUGACAUAUGAAUGGUGAUGAACUUUAAUGUAAUAUGUAUUCUAAUGGAGGUUCCAUACAAUUUCUGAAGUUACAUAUAUACCAGAACAGAUGGCUAGAAUGUGAGCAGAACAGUCACUUGCAAUGAAGCUUAGAGAGACGUUUACUAAAACAAACCACAAAAAGCCCACUACCCAGAAGAAAAAAAAAAAAUAUUGCGCUUCAAAUUGUGGUUUUCUUGCACGUGAAAGCCGCCAGUCGAGAAUCGGAUAUUUAAAUUUGCUCUCGCCUCCUUUCGCAAGCAGUAAGAACAUAGUGCAUGAAAUAUUUUCUGUCACUUAGGCCAUCUAAGGCACAUAUUCAUCAAUAAAGGUAAUGGAAUCUAUGGACGUAAUCAUUAUGGCCACCAAAACACAAAAAAUGAAUUGAGUGUAUAGUUGUGGAGAGUAAAUCGUACGACACCUUUUCACCAUAAGCUGCAGUGCCCUGCACUGGUCCUGUGACUUCAAUUUCACUGCUUUUUUUGUCCUCAAAUAUGUCACUCGUCAGCAAAAAAAUAUUUUAUGUAGUGGCUUGACACCAUAUUUUAGUGUUUUCUGCUAAAUAAUAAAUUAUAUUUUCUUUAGAUUGUCACCAUCCUUUUGAGAAAGAAAUAAAUCCCCAAAACUUGGCAGUCUGGAGGCAUUUGUUUGUUGCCUCUAAUUGUCUUGAAGAGAGUAUCUGUUCUUGCCUAUUGCUUUGUUGUUUCUAGGUACUCAAAAAAAAAAAGUAGGACUACCUAGGGAUUGUCGUAUGUCAUCCAGGACAAACAUCUAAAGACUACAAAAAGGGUGAUUUUCGAAGCUGACACCCCAUAGCAAUGGAGGAUGGAAGACUUUUUAGGGGACAAACUGAUGUACAGUGAGUGACUCCAUAUUCAGAAUGUAGAUAUUUAAAUGGCUCUCAAUGUGCCCCAUUGGUAUCACCUUGGAACCUGAUACUGUGCUAGAUGAACUUAUUUGUGUCUUAUUUAUGAAGUGCCAUGGCCAAAGCAUUGAUGAGCUUGGGUGCACAACUACUGCACAUCGCAACAUUUGCGGUAUAAAAAAAAACUUCAAAAAUUAUGUAUGUGUCCCCUUUAUCUUUAUUGGUGUUAGACGAUUUUGUGCAUUCAUUUUUAAAUACACUUCUUUCUUUAAGCCUCAUUUGCACCAGUAAUGUGGAAUAUAAAUUUGGGCUCUUAUGACCUAUGAGACUACAGAGAAUUGUGGCAAAUGGUCAUGAUCACAACAGUAAUUACAUUGCACUACAGGGUUCCCAGAACAUCAGAUCAUUGCAACUUCUCUAAGAUCUACAGUGCCUUGAGAGAGGAGUGUGAUCGCUUGGAUGUCAGUUCCGAGUGUCCUAUCCCGGGAAGGCAAUUAGCUCAUUUGUAUAUAGGUAUGGUAGAGCUUGAUGCCGCAUAUAUUUUCGACACUCCUUGAAGACAGUACAAAAGCUUGGAAGCUCCUGCAAGAAGAUUGUCCCCACAUCUUCCUAGCUGUCGUCUUUAGGAAGCUUGAGAGUGCAUUGUCUCUUUCCAUGCUGAUGCGUGAUUGUAGUUAAUAAUUUAAUCUGUAUGUACGAUCUGUGUGCAGUUUGUCUAAGUUAUGGCUCUAAAGACCACAGCACAUUUGCUCGACCUCACUGCUGUCAUUGGCUGUCAAUCGUAGGUUAUUCGUAUUUCUUCCCCCUUGCUGAAUGUACAUAAAUGAGAAUGUUUGAUUUAGUUCUAAUCUCGAUGUAGCUACAAUUUGUUUUUGUAAAUAUUCAUCUUUUUUUUUUUUUUUCGUAACCAAAGCAAAAUGAGCAUGAAAUCAACUGAAUGUGCCUGACUCCAGAGGCCUAGUGCCAUCAUACUUGUGAACUUUAUGCUCUAUCCAUGUACGUGUUUUCAAACCUUGCUAUUGUGUGUGCUUUUCUAAAAGGAUAGAAAGAAAUGAUGGAGUUGGACUCAAGCACAUGCUAAAAAUGUUUUCUUAAAAUUUUAAUAAUUUUUUCCUAAGAUUAAUUUGUCUUAAUUGUUAUUUUAUCUUCCCUCAUCUUACAAAGUUAUCUUUCCAUCUGGCUGACAAUUCUCUUUUUUUAAAAACAUUAAAAUAUUUUCGUGGACAAAUUUUAUGUCCAUGUCAGUGUUGAUUGAACUCUCUUGGUAUUAGCAUGCAUGUUUGCAACGACCCACUAUCGUGAGUCAAAUGAAGUAACAAGCAUUUCAGGGACCCUGUCAAUGUCCCCCUUUUUUAAUUUAUCAAUGUAGGCACAGUGACCUUUAAAAAAGUAUUGUAUUCACUAAUUACUUUUUAUCUUGACUGAUGUUUAUGAGGAUAAGCUACAAACAUGCAGAUUAAUAGACAUCAAUAAAAGCAAUGAUAUGGACCUGUAAAGAAAAAAAAACGUAAGUUCCAUGGGAUUUGAACCCACAACUCUCCACUGCUGGUGGUAUGCUAACACUAAAUGUGUGUGUUUGCCAUUAUAUUUAAUUUUAGAUGGUUAACUUGUCUGCACAUUUUGAAGUAAUCUAUUUACUUUCCAGCAGAUUAGGAGGCGUCUGUUGAACAUCCCUUUGCCAGAGGGAAAUGAUAACAAGUGAUUGAAAGACGACCAUGUUAUCGAGUUGAAAUUUAUUUAUAUUCCAAUUGAGUUUUGCUCGAUAGAGGUGUUGAAGGGGUUCUCUAUCUGUAUAAUGGUAAGCGGUGGUAAAUAUACAUAAAGCAUAUAUUUUUUACACAUUUGGUAUACAUACCACGCAAUUUCUCGAACAGCUGCAAUUUAAGUUGAAGGCCCUUUGUGAUUGCACAUAUUGUAAGCAGGUAUUCAUAUAUUGCCUCGUGAUAGCAAGAAUAAAGAUGCUCAACACGUUAACGGAACACUUUCUGCGGUACGGUUCACACUGAAUGUUUAUGUUGUUUGUGUAUGUAUGUAUCGAAACAAUGUGAUGUGAUUCUCAAUUGCGGAAUAAAUUUCUGAAAAGUUU